AUGAGUUCAACAAUUAAUGAAAAAGCUGAAGUAGAUGCACUUAUUGCUCAAUUAAGUUCAUCAAAGGAUUAUGAUAAAAAAAAUGCAACUAAUAUAAGUAGUAGUCCCGAUGCUAUUUCAACAUCAUCAGAACGUAAACGUAUAUACAUACGUCAAAAUUCGGGAUCAAAUUCUAAUGCACAAUUUGCUGGUUCACCAACAGAUACGCAAAAACGUUUAUUACAAAAAAAUGCUAAAAUUUCAAAGAAAAAUGAUCGUAAAUCACGACAAGGCAAAGGUCGUGGUUUAGCAAAAAAAGGUGGUGCCGGUGGACAUUUCACAUGGGGUACAUUAGGUUCUGAAAUACUUGAUGAAUAUCAUGAAGAUUUUGAUGAAGAUGAUUUAUUAGAUUUACAAUAUAAUCAAGCUAAAGAGAAAUAUAUUGCUGAAUCAUCAACAACAUCAAAAGAUAAAAAACGAAAUCAAUUACAAACAAUUGAAAAUUUUGAUAAAGAUAUUAAACCAAUAAUUGAUGAAUAUUUUGUUAAUGGUGAUGCUAAUGAUGUAGCACAAUCAUUACGUAAAUUUAAUUUAAAACAACAUGGAGAUGGAGAAUUACUUGCUUACAUAAUAACAAUAGCAUUAGAAAAAUCAAGUGUUCAUAAAGAAUUAAUAUCACGUCUUUUACAUGAUCUUAAUGGUAUUGUUUUCCGUGCAAAUGAUUACAUUAACGGUUUUGAUACUAUAUUCACAACAUUAAGUGAUUUAUCACUUGAUAAUCCCGAAUGUUCAACUGAUAUUGGUAAAUUCAUUGCACGAUCAAUUGCCGAUAAAUGUAUUGAUAAUACAAAUGACAAAUAUUUUGGUCGUUAUAAAGGCAAUGUUAAAUGUCCAAAAAUGCAAAUCGCUCUUGAUAAAGCUGAAACACUUAUAUUAAUGAAAGAUUUUUAUUUUCUUAAUAAUGUUUGGGGAGCUCAAUCAAGUGGUUUUAGACCUGUAAGAGAACUAGCUGAUAAAAUGAAUUUAAUUAUUCAUGAAUAUUAUGAUAGUGGUGAUGCAAAUGAAACAAUUCGAUGUUUAAAAGAAUUAAAUGUACCACAUUUUUUUCAUGAAUUUGUUUAUGAGCUUAUAGAUUUUUGUUUAGAAAAAAAUACUGAACGUGCUGAACAAUUAACAAUAUCUUUACUUGAAACAUUAACAACAACUACUAUCAUUACAUAUGAUCAAUUAAAAACUGGCAUAUUACGUUUAUUUGACGAUAUUGAAGAUAUACAAUUAGAUGUUCCAAAUGCAUAUGAACAAUUACAAAGUCUUCUUAAACAAUUAGAAGGAAAAAAAGUUCUUAAUCAUGAUAUAACAUCAAAUAUUCCACAAAAAGGUCGAAAACGUUUAACAAGUGGAGGUGAAAAUAAUAAAUAA